AUAAACAAAAUGGCAUUCCGCUUCAUUUUUGUCUUCAUUGCCACAAUCGUCCUGGCUCAAGGAUCAAUUAUUUCACCAGUCGAGCAAGGAUCACUCGUGGGAGUCCAUCACUCUGGAGUGGUUUCAUCUGGAGCUCCAGUUGUGGGUGUCCCCCGUGGCCAUGCGGCAGUUGCCCUACCUCAACGUCCGGCUUCCGGUCAUGGGUCACUCGCCGGUCCAGUUGGAGGGCCCCGACGAUUGGGCGGUGCUGGUGUGGCUGGACCUCGUCCUCAUGGGGGUGCUCCACGUCGAAAGGCUGCUGGAUCCCACAAUCGUCCUGCUGCUGGUGCCCAUGCAGGCCGUCCUAUCGGAGGAGGAGCUGGCCACGGAAGUGCUCAUCAAAGCCGCAACCGCAAUCAGAAACCCUAUUAG